UUUUCUGCUACAGCAAUGCAAAUCGUAUGGUGGUGUUUACAAGUGUGAAGAAAAAAAACGAAAUAAAAUAAACAAUUUCAGCAAGUUAGAGUUGAGAUAUUAAUAAGAGUUUUAGUGAAGCAAAGGAAGAGGCCUUUGGCAAUAAUUGAGAUACAAUGUCACGCAGUGUUAGAGCUGAGACACGCAGUCGGGCCAAAGAUGAUAUCAAACGUGUUAUGCAGGCGGUGGAUAAACCCAGGCAUUGGGAAAAGAAAUGGGUAACCAUUAAUGACACCACAAUGAAAAUCUUCAAAUGGGUGCCCAUAUCAAGUAAUGAUAAAAAGAAAUUAAGUUCCUUGUGCAAACAGUCCGACAAAGAAAACUCGCAGAAAGGCACUCCUACACCACCUCAAAUAACACCCAGUUAUGGUCUAACAGCCGAAGACUCAAAUACCUGUUUUUCCGUUGUCAGUGAUUCGCAAGGUGCCGACUUCGUUAGCAGUAUGCCAUUCUCAGAAGAUUCAAAUUCUCAGGGUAGCGACGGUCCUGUCAAACGUUUAAAACAGGGCGAUUAAUUAAACCUCCAUUUUACUCAACUCUAAUCCACUAGCAUCUACCUACGUACUCAUCAAUGCAUUCAAUCACCUCAAAAAUAGAAGUAAACAAUUUUAAAUGAAUUCCUAAAUACCAAAACGGAGAGAAGAAUCCAUUUAUGUAUUACAAAAAGGUGGCGCUAUUAUCAUUCAUAUCUAUUCUUUAAAUUCACCCAAACACUUAAGCAAUGUUAAUGUAUGUAUUAUUAAAAAUAGUUGAAAAAAGCUUAAAUACAAGAA